AGAUCUUUGGGAAAGGCAAGGAAAAAAUAGACGCUCGCAUCUGUUUGGAAAUCUCCCCCGCCAAGAAUUUGGAGCGUCACGUGACCCCGGCGAAGCGUUAAAAGAGUCCCACCAGCGCCACUUGGAAAUCAGUCUUCAGAAAGCAGCCCGUCAGGUUCUUCUACUUCUUGGAAAUGUCAGAUACGGAUGAGAUCCUUGAGGAGCAGGAAGAGUAUGAGGAGGAAGAACAGAAAGAGUUCCAAGAUGAAGAAGUGGGAGAAGAUGAGAAACGGGAACACGAGGAAGAGUCCAAGCCACGACCUAAAACCACGUACGUGCCCAACAUAGCGCCGCCCAAGCUGCCGGACGGCGAGAAGGUGGAUUUUGACGACCUCCACCGCAAACGCGUGGAGAAGGACUUUAACGAUCUGCAGGGCCUCAUCGAGCUCCACUUCUCCAACCGGCAGAAGGAGGAAGAGGAGCUGGUGGCCCUGCGCAACCGCAUCGAACGCCGGCGCUCGGACCGUGCCGAACAGCAGCGGGAGCGUGCCGAGCAAGAGCGCGAACGCCAGGCCCGUUUGACGGAAGAGCGGGUCAGGCGAGAGGAGGAGGCGGCCAAGCUACGCGCGGAAGAGGAGGCCAAGAAAAAGAAGAUCUUCACCAACAAGUCCUUUGGGGGCUACCUGCAGAAAGUGGACCAGAAGAAGGGCAAGAAGCUGACGGCGCGCGAGGAAAAGAAGAAGGCCCUGCUGGAGCGCCGCAAGCCGCUCAACAUCGACCACCUCAACCAGGAUAAGCUGGCCGAGAAGGCCCGGGACCUGUGGGGGUGGCUCCACCAGCUCCACGGCGAGAAGUUCGAGCUGGCCGAGAAGCUCAAACGGCAGAAGUACGAAAUCUAUGUGCUGCGAAACCGCGUCAGCGAUCACCAGCGUGGCUCCAAGGCGUCCAAGACCUCCCGUGGCGCAAAGGGAAAGUCCGGCUCCUGGAAGUGACAGAAGCUAUUUUUUAAGCUACUAUUAGCUAAGUAAGCUACACUAAUUCAAGUAACCACUCAUGUAACACUGUUAUUGUUGUGCAUAUCCUAAGAAUAUUAA